AUGUCCGACAAACCGUCACUCAACAAGGUGGUCAAGCGUGCCAUCGCCCAUCGCUUAGUCCCCAAGUCGUUCAAUUCGCUCAUCUCACAGCUUGAGGCUCGAGAACCAAUCUCGAACUCCGAGUACUCCACUCACCUCCUCACACUCAAUACCCAUGGAACCUCGAUACUAAACAAGAAAGAAAACGAUGAAUACCGGAUCAACCUCGUCAUACAUCUCUCACUAAGUUCUCAGGAACAGCUCGCCAAGUUUUGGAAGUGUUUGAGCUCUGUUGAUCCGUUGAGCCAGGUGGAAUACCUCAAAAAGUUGGCAUACCUUCUAGCACACCGAUCGGUGACUGUGGAUGGAGAGAUCAUAUCCAGCCUCAUCGGAUCCCAGUUCAAGGAAUACACCAUCUCCAUCUUUUCCGGGUUGAACAACAACAGCUCCAAGCACGACCAAGUGCUUGCUCAUCAUACCAUCAUAUUCUGGGAAGUGGAACUUCACUCGCUUGUUCCACUAUUUGUUCAAGAAAACCGAACCAUUCUUGAACAAAGAGAAAUUGAACAAAAUCAUACUGGAAGACCCGAUUCUUUGGAAAAGUCUUCUCAAUCCCCACCUGCAACAACAUCUUUCAAGACGCUAGCUCCCUCGCACUUGUCAGCUGGACACCACGCUGGAUACAUUGAAAUGAAACAAUUUCUUUGGUUCACGAAAAUCAUGAAUAGCUUCCAGUUUGAGGACAACGACGCUCUAUUCUCUAACUUCGUGUCCAAUUUCUGUACUAGAGCUGACUCUUCGGGCACUCCCAUCAGUAAGAAUCCCUACCUAACUGCAAUUGAAUUCAUCCAAGCAGUGUUCAUUGGGUUUUCCCAUUCCAUCCAAUAUAGAGACGCGAGUUUUGUUUUAUUCAAUUGGAAGAAUUUCAUAGUUUCAAGAGUGCCGGUUAUUCUUUUGAGUUUAAAAUUCACUAAUGAAGAAAGCGCAGAGAAGGCCAUCGAAGUAUCAUUCCAAUCAUUAUCUGAAAGAAUAGUCAAUUCCAUCAGUUCCAUAUCCAUUGGUUCGUCAAAACUAUACGACUUGAGACAAUCUUUUAUUAAGUCGUGUAUAUUUAAUAAGCUUUUGGCUCCGUCAACCUUCCAAAAGUUCUUCCCGGUAGAUUUCAAGGCUAUCCAACAAUCAUUACAGCACGACCUUAACCAAUUCAAUGCUGAAUUGGACCUUCAGAAGGCUUUCAACGAGAAGCUCUUAAAUGUCAAUAUUGAGUUCACUUCUUUAGAAGAAUCGGGCUUGGUUGAUUUCAUUGCAUCUUUGCCCAAUUUAGUUGAAUACUCGUCUAAGAAGCAAUUGGAGUUGGGGAAAAUCGUAAAAACAAUAGUGGAGGACCUUAUCAACUAUCAAGACCAAGAAAAACUAAACCGUAUUCUUUUAGCAAUCCUUAGCAAUGUUCAGUUUGUGAAUAUCAUUGCCUUUAACUCCAAUCCAAUCAACAUUCUAACCAAAUUGAUUGACUAUGCAGACAAGGAUUGCUUUAAACUCGAGGAUGACGACGAUGAACGAUUUCAAGAUAUCUACUCAUAUUUCGGAGUAUUACUUUUGGGUAUUACUUUCUUGAUUGAGAAGUUUAAAAUUGACUACUCCAAAAUCAAUAUCAAGAACUCAUUCACAAUAGGUUAUUUGAACGAAUUUUAUUAUCGACUUGGUGAUCAUUUAACGAACAGCGCGGUCACAAAUAGUGAUGAGCCAAAUAGCGAAGACGGUAUUGUUAUCUCCAAUUUCAAUAGCUUAAUGGGGGACUGGAUCAAUGCCUUAUUUGAUGAGUCCAAUGAUGGAUUAUCUGAUGAUUUGAUAAAGUCUGUCAACAUCAAACAUAUCUACAAGUUGAUCCCAUUAAUUUAUCAACAGUCUAUCAUUGCUACGCGGUCCAAGAUUAUCGACAUGCCCAUCUUGUCGAAUGGGAUUGAUUAUUUAUCUCAGGUCUUUUUGGUUCCCUGCACCUUGAAUAUCAUAAACUGGUUGUUGAAAAAAAUUCUGAUUCAAAAAACGGUGGUUGAUAACUUAUUCUUGGAGGUCUUGCAUAUCAUAAUCAAAUCAAAUCUAGACACUGACAAACAAAAUUCGCAGGAGAUUCCAAUGAUCAUUUUCAGAAUAGUCUUAAACAUCUGUGGCAGCAACAUCAUACAGACCUUGAAGCGGAUGAAAGACUGGAGAACUUCAAAAGCCACCAAUCAAAUUAUCAGGGCCAUCACCAAGCAGGUGGACGCAAACUACAUUGCGAAGCAUGUUGAAAUGAAGCAUGACACUAACUUCAACGAGGGCUUGAAAAAGUACUUCUGUAGCUUUGUCAAACCCCAACCUCCUGCUGAAAAAACGGAGCAAGAAAUUGCCGAAUUAAGUUAUAUUCAUCGCUACUUGAAUUAUCAAUCGAACCACGACAUACUUGUCGAUUUUCUUAUAGAAGAGAUCGCUAGUUAUCAAAAAUCAAAUGACGAUGAGGGACGUCUUGCCAUCAACCUUGGCUCGUAUGUGAGUGUGUUGAGCUCGGUAGGAUCUACCGAAGACAAGAGGUAUUGGAGAAAAUUACAGCACCUCAACGUGGGGGCAGCAGCAUCCCCUGCUUUUGAAGAGGAGCAGUUCACCCUAAGUAUUGCUCAGCACUAUGGCAGCAUAUUCAAUUCAGACCAACCUGAUGACCUUGGGUUUGACAUCCAGAUCAAAGAGGACGAAGACAUGCUUGAUGACGAUCUUUUCAACGACAAUGCUUUGGGACUGUUCAACACCAGGAAAGCGACCAGACAGUUGAGGGCCAUGGAUGUGGACCAAGGAGUGGCGAAGAGCUUGAAGAUCUUGAGCGAGUGUAUUCAGGAUGAGCUCCACGAGUAUUAUGUAUAA